AUGUCACAGCCACAGCCGUCAUCGCAGCAAUCCUUUUCCAUGAGCCAGCCCUCCUCACAAACCUAUCGCCAAUUCUCCGAUUCGCAGUCCAGGAUCGCGCAUCCUCACGGUCAAGGAAGCCAGAAUGCCCCACAAAUCUACUCAGCUGUGUAUUCCGGCGUAGACGUAUACGAAAUGGAGGUCAAUGGCGUCGCCGUCAUGCGCCGUCGCAAUGACAGCUGUCUGAAUGCGACACAGAUCCUAAAGGUGGCCGGGGUCGACAAAGGAAAGCGCACCAAGAUUCUCGAGAAGGAAAUCCAAACCGGGGAGCACGAGAAGGUCCAGGGCGGAUAUGGCAAAUACCAGGGCACAUGGAUCAAGUUCGAGCGCGGAGUCGAGGUGUGCCGGCAGUAUGGGGUUGAAGAGAUCCUGCGACCUCUCUUGACGUACGACAUGGGCCAAGACGGUGGGAUCGCCGGCCAAGGAGACUUCAACACACCGACCAAGGAACAAGCAAUGGCGGCGCAAAGGAAGCGCAUGUACAACAAUGUUAACAACAACAACAACAAUAACGACAAUCGCACCAAUGGUAUGUCUGGCACGUUCUUCAAGAACAUCUCGAGCACCGCAUCCAACGCGGUCGCUGCUAUUAGCAAGGCUCGUUUCGAUUCGCCAGGUCCGAGAGGUCGCCAUGGUCCUACAAGACCGCCCAGCUUUAGUCGUCAGUCAUCAAUGCAGAACGCAGAUGACUUCCCCGGCAACUCUCAGCAGAGCUUCACUUCGGACUAUGGCCAGAAUGCCGAUUCCGCAUAUUCAACACAGAACACCCACAUUUUCAAUGGUGACGAACCCUCCCGGAAGCGUCAAAGAGUAGUCACUCCAGCUGAUAGUUUUGGGGGGUAUGCAUCCCAGUCUAUGGAUGUCUACGCUGCCAACUUUCCUGGCUCACCCACAGAACCCAAUGAAUCCUUCAUCUACUCUCAAGCAGGUAUCAACAUGCACCCGACCGAUGAUGGUAUGCCUCUGCAACCAUUGCCAUUCGAGGCUUCUCCUGAAGCGGAGCAAAAACGAAACUUGCUUAUGAGUCUAUUCUUGGAUGCUAACGUCAAUGAUGCCUCGAAACAAGAAGCUUUACAAACGCUCACCGCCUUGGAUCUGGAUAGCCCGAUCGACUCAUCAAGUCACACAGCUCUUCACUGGGCGGCGACGCUGGCGCGCAUGCCUCUCCUGCGAUCACUGAUCUCAGCUGGUGCAAACCCAUACCGCGUCAAUGCGUCCGGCGAGACGGCGCUCAUGCGCGCAUCUGCUGUCACGAACAAUUCGGAUCAGGUUUCAUUCCCCGAGCUACUAGAUGUGCUUGGCAACACAAUUGAGGUCAGAGACAACCGAGGUCGCACAGUUCUGCAUCACAUUGCCGUCACAAGCGCAGUAAAAGGCCGUAGCCACUCGAGUAGAUAUUACCUCGAGAGUUUGCUUGAAUGGGUGGUGAGACAGGGAAGUGCACCAACUAGCGAGAACACGGCGAAUGGUCAUCACACCGGCGCAGCAGGGCUCAAGAUUAAUCUUGGCAGGUUCAUGAGCGAGAUUGUCAAUGCUCAGGAUAAGUCGGGUGACACGGCGCUGAACAUUGCUGCAAGGAUAGGAAACAGAAGCAUCAUAUCUCAGCUGCUGGAAGUCGGCGCGGACCCCAGUAUUGCCAACAAAGCUGGGUUACGACCUGUGGACUUUGGUGUCGGCGGCGAUGUUGGUGAAGAUGGGACCAGUGGAGAUUUGGCCAUGGCCGACAGGAAUGGCCUCGCUGGCAACAGCCAACAGAGCCGUCAGAGCAGCGACGAUAUCAUUACGUCAAUAACUCACCUUCUUUCCGAAACCAGCUCGAAUUUCCAGGGUGAGCUCAAGAAGAAGCAAACCGACCUCGACUCGCUGCACGCAUCUUUACGCACGACAUCGACCCAACUGGGUGAUGCCAAGAGGACACUGGAUUCCCUACAGACUGUCGUCAAGACGCAGCUGCUGGCACGCCAGAAGAUAUGGAAUCUGAGCCGCGGGCGUGACGAGGAGCAAAAUCGUCUGCGAGUGGCUCAACAAUCCAACGCACACAAAUUCGAUCCUAACACCAAUACCUCAUGGGAAUCAGAGCUUCUCAACAACCCCAAUACCCCUGUUUCGUCAGAAACGAAAAUUCUUUUGCGAUCACGGAAACAGGCCCUCAGGUCCCAGACCGUGAUGGCCCGAAGGGCCGUCGGCGCAUUGCAGGGUAGGAGCAAAGAGGACGAACUCAAGUACCGCCGCGUCGUAGCAUUAUGCACAGGCGUUCCCGAGAAAGAGGUAGAUGGCCUACUCGAAGGCUUGUUAAGGGCAGUAGAAAGCGAAGGCAACGACCUGGAACUCGGCAGAGUACGCAGGUUUCUAGGUGGCGUAGAGGUCUGA